CGCAAGUCAGUCCGACGUCAGGCAUUGUUAAUCGAGCGACGAAUCGCUCAUGUCUCCAACAACGGUCGUCCCAUCUGUUUAUUGACUAUCGGGACCCAACGUCAACCCUCGGGAUGUUUUUGUCCUCCUUGGCUCGAUCUGCGGUCUCUCAGACUGCGAGGUGUCUUCAUCGAUCUGCUGCUCGCGCAGGAGCUGGGGGCAUCUUUGUGCACAGAGACACGCCGGACAACAAUGCCGACACGCCGUUCGAGUUCACCGAGGAGAAUAAAAAGAGAAUUGAAGCUAUCAUUUCCAUGUACCCCAUUGGCCACAAGCAAGCAGCCACCAUCCCCGUGUUGGAUUUGGCCCAGAGGCAACACGGAUGGCUCCCCGUCAGCGUCAUGAACAAAGUGGCCGAAGUCCUGGAAGUCGCUCCCAUGAGGGUGUACGAGGUGGCCACCUUUUACACCAUGUUCCUGCGCCAGCCCGUGGGCAAGUACUUCAUCCAGAUCUGCACCACCACGCCGUGCAUGCUGUGCAACUCGGACAGCAUCCUGGAGGCCAUCAAGAACAAGCUAGGUAUCAAGGUGGGCGAGACGACGGCGGACAAGAUGUUCACGCUCAUCGAAGUGGAAUGCCUCGGCGCUUGUGUCAACGCGCCCAUGGUGCAGAUCAAUGACAACUACUACGAGGACCUCACCCCAAAGGACAUAGAGGACAUAAUUGAUGAGCUCAGAGCAGGCGGAGUCCCGCCACCAGGGCCCAGAAGUGGCCGUUUCUCCUGCGAGCCUGCCGGCGGACUGACCUCAUUGACAGAACCUCCUAAAGGGCCCGGCUUUGGUGUGAGGCCGGACCUGUAGUAGACAUGCUGAUUCGUUGUCCAAAAGUAGUAUAUGUAAAUAAAUUCAAUGACUGUA